GCAACCUUGAGCCACGCAUUGAAGACUCUAUCCGAUGAGGUGCAAGCAGUGGGAGAGCAAGUUGUGAACGUGGGUGGAUCUCAUGGUUGGGGCCCUUGUUACCUCACAGAUGAGCAGCUGGAUCUGGUGCUGGUCCAAAUGCGAGAAGCAAUGCAUGAUGUCGGUGCGGAAGUGACUGUCUUGCGCCGUUCUGCACCUGCGCAUCCGACGAAGUCUUCACCAGGAGGAGCGAAUGCUGAUGUGCUGGUCAGAAAGGCUGUUACAGGCAUGCCUUUUUUAGAGAUACGAGUGGCCGUGAUUGGCAAUGUGGACAGCGGGAAGAGCACUCUUGUGGGGGUGUUGACGCGAGGCAUGCUGGACGAUGGCCGUGGCUUGGCGCGAUCAAAGGUGUUCAAGCACGGUCAUGAAAGCGCGACUGGCCGGACCAGCUCCAUUGGUCAACACAACCUUUGCCUUGGUGCCCACGGAGAGGUACUGAAUGACGGCCUGUUUCGUACCCAUUCAUGUGCAGAGUACAUUGCAAGGUCCAGCAAGGUGGUGACACUCGUCGAUUUGGCUGGGCAUGAGCGCUACUUCAAGACAACAGCAUAUGGCCUCACAGGCCACCUUCCAGACUACGCUUGCCUUAUAGUGGGAGCCAAUGCUGGGAUUGUGGGAAUGUGCAAAGAGCAUCUGGGGGUUGCCCUUGCCCUGAAGGUGCCCGUGUUCUUUGUCGUGACAAAAGUGGACAUCUGUCCGGGCCAUGUCCUGCAGCACUCGCUUGCAACUCUUUCAUCCAUCCUGCGCAAGCCUGGGGUCAAGAAGAAACCCUUUAUGGUCCGCACGCGUGAGGAUGUGCUCACCUGUGCCAGGCACAUCCAUACUGACUCUCUUGCUCCUGUUUUUCUGACAUCUUCCGUGACUGGUGAUGGGCUUGAGCUUGUCAGGCUCUUCUUCAAUCUUUUACCACAGCGCCAGCGAUGGGCCGACAAGGUGAACGAUGCAGUGGAGUUCAUCAUCGAUGAGACUUUCCAAGUUGCAGGAGUCGGUGUUGUGGUGGCGGGCACUGUCAAGCGUGGGACCCUUGUUCAGGGCGCAUCCCUGCUGCUUGGCCCUCAUGCAGGGGACGCGUCCUUCAAGCUGACAGCCAUCAAAUCCAUUGCCUACAAGCGCCUCCCAGUCACCAGGGUGGUGGCUGGACAAACUGCUGCUCUGGCAUUGAAGCGUGUGAAGCGCUCUUCCCUGCGCAAGGGCAUGGUGCUGGUGGAUCCCUCCUUGCAUCCGAAGGCAUCGUGGGAAUUCGAUGCAGACAUUGCCAUCCUCACCCACAGCACCACUAUCGCACCCAAGUAUCAGGCAGUCAUCCACUGUGAGAUUGUCAGGCAGGCUGCCCGUGUUGUGGCGAUGGACAGGGAGCGGCUGCGCAGCGGAGACCGAGCUUGCGUGCGGUUCCGAUUCCUGCAGCGGCCCGAGUAUCUCACGCCUGGCACAAGAUUUGUAUUCAGGGAGGGACGAACAAAGGGCAUUGGUAUGGUCAUGGGAAUUUAGGCUACCGCUACACUUACUCUGUCCAAUGCACUACUUAUGCUGCGUACAGUAGAUGGAGCAACCUCCGUUUGACGCGUGUGCCAGACAGUCAUCGGUGAUGCAAGUGCGUAUGUCAUGCGUGGUGAUGUCUGGCGGGAAGUGGCACCCAUCUAUGGAAUUAACCCCAUAUAUUCCUUAGCUUGUGCCAGCUGUAAGCCACAUGGAGUAAUAUUCGAGUUUAUACUUGUGUAUACCUGACUCCUGUUUUUCUUGGUUCUAGGUGUGCCCUUACCCUCACCUAGCCACACUUGACUGCCUGUAUACGUAUGCAAUGUGAUCUAGUGUGCUCCUGGGCCGGAGGUGUCUUGUAUGUUUACCCUGUUCCACUCACAUUGCGAGGCAGCCCUUCCUCUUUAUCUUUGGCGCUCGCUCUGCUUUCUUGUCAGCAUACUAUUUUCUCUAACUUGUCAUGCUGCCAAGGAAAGGUCGGCAUGCAGAUUCUGUCGAGCCUCAGAAACAUCUAUGCUCGGGUUCAAACAGUCUUGGCGCGAGCUUACAGAAGACCACCCUGCCCAGGGCUUUAGGCUAUCAAUAGUUUUCCAGUGAUCCUCCGAUGUUUCUGUCUCACCAGCAGCCCCAACAAUCCCCGUGGCUAACCGAACUGCGCCAGCAUGCCCGCCCUACCUUCCAACCUUCAUGUCAUCCGUGGCCUUUU